AUGCAGCAAGAGUUCAUGGCCUUACAGCAGACUACCGAAUCCGUUAGUGACCUGAACGCCAAGUUCUUGGAGAUGCUAUCUUUUUGCCCCUCGUUUGCUGGGAACGAGGCCUGGUUAGUCAGCCGGUACACGGCCAUCCUACGUAUCGAUAUUCGGGAAUUCGUUAGCAUGCAGAAGUUCUCGACUUUAUCUGCGAUCAUGGAUGUAGCGAGGAGGAGGGAAAUCGAGUUGCAGACCCAGUCCAAGAGGAAGGCCAAUGACACCUUUUCCAAGACAUCCAGAGAUGCCCAGAAAACGCAAAAGCAGGGUAGUAAGUCAAGGGAUCCCCCUGCGAGUGCAGUACCUCAUAUUACUUCUGCAGUUCCCGUCUGCUAUCACUGCAACGAGACGAGACACAAGAAGCCUGAAUGCCCGAAGUUGAAGACUGGUAAAGGAGACAGGGGUACAAAUCCUGCAAUUGCAUCAUCCUCUAAGGGAACCAUUAUGGUGACACGAGGUCGUGCUCACCAGAUGACUGUGGAGGAGCCGGUGAUUACAACGACAGUGGCAGACACUUAUUUGCUAGAUUCCAAGCCCGAUGUUGUUAUGUUUGAUAGUGGUGCUACCCAUUCUUUUGUAUCUCACACGUUUAUUAAUCGUUUGGGGCGUAUUAUCGGAAAAUUGGCUCACCCAAUGGUUGUCGAUGUUGUCGACAACCGCACUAUUUAUGUCACCGAUGUCUAUCGGGGUUGCACUCUCGAGUUUUCUGGAGUUGAAUUCCCUAUUGAUCUUAUCCCUAUUGCGAUGCGAGAGCUCUGCGUUAUCGUAGGCAUGGAUUGGCUUGAUGCGUUUGAUGCGGAAAUCCACUGUCGUAAGAAGCAAGUUCGUGUUCGAAACCCUAGAGGUGGAGAACUUAUUAUUCAGGGGGACAUUCCCCGCCUGGCUAUGGCUUCUUGCUCUUCUGCUAUAGCACUAGACGACGUUCCUAUCACUAGUAGUGAAAGAUGUCGCGGUGUACCAGUCAGCCAGCCAAGUAAGCCUUAUUUCUUAUGUUAA